GAGGGAGGAGGAGGAGGAGGAGUUGGCAGCGCCCCUCCUUUGGAGACAAAAGCCUCACGGGAAACAAAACAACUACGGGGAGGCCAAGCGGGUUGUUGAGUGCCGAGUUUGAGAUGUGUGUGUGUGUGUUGUGUUUACCGGGCAGGAGGCGCAGCGAGGGGCCUGGCAGGCAGAAAUACAAGUAAGAGGAGGAGAGAGAAGAGGAGGCGGCGCUGCUGUUGCUGGAGCUCCCCCUCUAGCCUCCCUCGCAGUCCUUCAGCAGUGAAGCAGAAGCCGCCGCCUGUGGAGCUGAGUUUGCCUCCGCGCUCUGCCUGCCUCAUGUCUCUGCCGGUGGUGCUGCCGGGCUCCUGCUGCCCUGUGUCCCGCCUGCCGGCGCUGGCGCCUUCCUCCUCCUCCUCCUGCUCGGACCCUCCUCCUCCGCCCCGCCACCACCACCGCGGGUCCCGCUCCGCCCGGCUGAGGCCUCCCCGCCGCGCCCCCGGGCCCAUUUCCUCGGGGCCGCCGGCUGCGCCUCUGCUGCUCCUUCCCGCCAGGCCCCUGCUCUCCCUGGGGCUCCUGCAGCUCAUGCUGGGCGGCUGCAUGGUGGCGCUCAGCUUCGGGGCGCUCUCGCUCAGCAGCUCCCCGCAAGUCAAGAACUCCUGCCCCUUCUGGGCCGGCGCCUCGGUCAUUUUAUCAGGAAUUAUAGGAUUAACAACAUGGAAGAGACCAAUGAUUCUUUUGGUUAACUUGUUUGUUCUGCUUUCUGUUAUCUGUGUUCUCUUGAACCUGGCAGGGUUUAUUCUCGGAUGCCAAGGUGCUCAAUUUGUGUCCAGUGUACCUCGAUGUGAUCUGGUAGAUGUGGGUGAAAAUAAGUUUUGUUUCUGUUGUGAAGAAUUUCUACCAGCCAGAUGCACUGAGAAAGAAAAUGCACUGAGGUUGUAUCCAGUGCAGUCAUGCAGUGCAGUUCAUCUUCUCCUCAAGAAAGUUCUGUUUGCUCUUUGUGCUCUGAAUGCUUUGACCACAACUGUGUGUUUAGUGGCAGCAGCUCUUCGUUACCUGCAGAUAUUUGCAACAAGAAGAUCCGGCACAGAAGAACCCCAGGUUUGUGCAGAGGAAGUUGAAGAACAAGCCCAUAUUUCUGAUCCAGAAGAUUUUGUACCACCUGUUCCACCUCCAUCUUAUUUUGCUACAUUCUACUCUUGCACGCCUAGGAUGAAUCGCAGGAUGCUGGAUUCUGAUGUCAUUCCAUUACCACAUAUUUAUGGAGCCAGAAUUAAAGGGGUUGAGGUUUUCUGUCCACUGGAUCCCCCACCUCCUUACGAAGCAGUGGUGAGCCAGAUGAAUCUUGACCAGGAGAGUACACUUCAAAGUUCAGAUGUUGCAGAAGAUUUUAAUGGCUCAUCAAGACAAAACAAUACACAUGUAUCCCAAGAUGGAGAUGGUCUCAGUUCUUCUGCUGCAGAGACCACAUUGCAUCCGGAUCCAGGCAUGGCACCUACAGGAAUCCACAAGGGAGCUCCCAAACCUUUCAGGAAACGAUCUAAAAGUGACCCUGUGCUGCAUGGCUUUCUUUCCAGAGGUCCAGUGCUAAGCUGUGAAGCUGCCACCCAAACAGAAAUAAAGCCAGAACUGGCUGCAGUCAUUUUGCGAAAGAGCGUGAGAGCAAAGGCUUUGCGCUCCAGACCUCGGUCUUUAGUGGACUACAAAUCAUACAUAGAUACAAAGCUUCUUGUGGCAAAGUUCCUGGAGCAGGCCUCUUGCAGCAUGGCCCCUGACAUCCAUGAACUAGUGGAAGACAUAAAAUCUGUUUUGAAAUCAGAUGAAGAGCACAUGGAGGAAGCCAUUACAAGCGCCAGCUUCCUCGAACAGGUAAUGACCCCUGCUCAUCCAUCUACAUCAAGAGCACACACACUGCCUUUUAGAAGGCACCCUGGACUCCUGCAUUUGGAGAGCUGUGGAGACGUGAGUACUUUUACGACAGCAGAAACCCGACUAUUAGAGAGGAGAACUCAGAGAUCAGAGUCUGAACGGCCUCACAGCCUUAUUGGAGUUGUCCGGGAAACGGUGCUGUGAAAUGCUGUACAAGAUGCCAUGAACUCAGUAAGAAAAACCACUUUGUGGAAGCCAAGUUAAUGGGUAAAUCAUUAAUUCAGGUAUCUUUCUUCCUUAUUGCUGCUUUUGAAAAGAAUACUUGAGGACUUUCUUGUGAGAUGUUACCCCUAUGAACACCUCGACAUAUUCUGAUGCAACAUUGUCGUUAAAAAUAAGGAUGUUCAGGUGCAAUUAGUAUAUUUGAAGAGCACUUUUAGUUUUGGGAUGGAAGGACAUUAUAUGUACACUGAUGCUUAGGAAGGAAACUCAUUCUUUCUACUUACGUUUAUGAUGUAUUGAGUAAGUGCUUUAUGCCUCUGAUGCCUGUGGCUUCACUUGUGAUAAUUGUAAGACCUGCCUUAUGCUUUGUCUUUCAAAAGCUAUAAAGAUGAGUUAGCUGUUAUCUAGCGGCUUAAUGGAAAUUAAAGAAUUUUUCCCUUCCCUCCUACUGCAGAGACCAUUGCUUCUCUUGAUUUCAAUGGGACUUUAUGCUCUUUAGCUAUCAAAGCACAUCCCGAGGCCCAGCUAUUCAGUUGGAUAACCGCAUAGUGUCAUUUUCUCAGAAAGGAUUUUUUUUAGUAUGAAAUAAACAGGGAGUGUGCCCUUCAGACUUGUGACAAGCCCAGUUAUCAUUUUUGGUAAGGUGCUGCAUGAACAGUCAGCUGUUCCUUUGGGUCUUGUGCUGGGAACAAGGCAGGAUAUAAAUAAAAUAAUAUAAAAUAAUAAAACGUGUCCAUUUUCUAAAAGGAACUGAAGUUAAAGGUAUUGCUUGAGGCCCGGGUCAUUGUCAUUCUCACCUGCUCCAAAACCUGCAGAGCCACAUCAUUUGAUGCUCUGUAUCAAAGAGGAAAGCUGCCCUUAUACUGAAUGCAAGCAUGAAUGCUUGCCAGAGCACAGCUGCUUCUAGUGCACACUUGCUCCAGAAUUAGUCUUCUCCUAAAAGCAUUUGAAUGGCCAAUAUGGAAGCCCUGGAAAAUUUUUCCCAGAUUUUGCAGUAUACUUAAUUGUUUCUUCAUACAUGAACACUUGCAUUCUUGUGUCAGACAUUGUUGUUUGGGAAUCAGAGCAUUAUUGGUUUCAAAACUGAGGGUCGAAAAGGCGAUUUCAUAGGAGCAACAUUUUCCAGUAAUCUGUUGGUUUGUUCACAGAAAUAUCAAGUUAAUUUGCAUGUACACCAGUGGUUCCCAACCUUUGGGUCUCCAGGUGUUUUGGGCUUCAGCUCCCACACUUCCUAACAGCUGGUAAACUGGCUGGGAUUUCUGGGAGUUGAAGUUCAAAACACCUGGAGGCCCAGAGGCUGGGAACGACUGAUCUACACUGUAGAACAGGCCUUAACAACCUGUGGCCCUCCAGGUGUGUGGGACUCCAACUCCCAGAAGCCUUAGCCAGCUUGUGCAAUGGUCAAGAAUUCUGGGAGCCGAAGUCCAAAGCACCUGGAGGGCCAUAGGUUGUGCAAGCCUAUUGUAGAAAUAAUGCAGUUUCAUACCACUUUAACUGCCAUAAUUCAGUGCUAUAGAGUAUUGGGAACUGUUGCCAAAGAAUGCUGCUGCCUCACCAAACUACAGUUUUUCAGCCUUUAAAAUCUGCUAUGACCUCCCUAUGAUGAAUAUUUUCUAUUCGCAAAAAUAAAGAUACUUCAUUUAAAUGUUUGAGUUAGAAGUAACUUUCCCAUGUUUUUUGUUGCUUUGACUGUUAUGAAAGGGUGUUUCUUGUCCUUCAGUGACAGCAGGCGCUGCAACAACUUUUGCAAGCUUUUUGUUUUCCUCUUUUUGUGGCCAUCCUCAUAAUUUAGCUGUCUAUUUACAGAACAGAACAAACAGAACAGAACUUGAACAGAGAGAAAAUGAUAUGCCAAAAUUUAAAAAUGUCUCCUCAAGAAAGGGAGAAGAAAAAAAAAGGUUUAGCACUAUGAGGAAUUAAGCUUUACAUAUUUUUUUUAAAAAAGAAGAGUUGAGAAUAAAAAUAAUUUAAUUCCAUGAAAUCUACUUUUAGAUGAAGGCAAGAGCAUUCUAAGUAAUUCUGUAAUGGUCAUUAUUAUAUUGCCACUCAGGUGCUAAUUGUAUCAGGGAUUCUUCUGUCAGAAGAAUUGUUCAUAUGGUUCAAAUCUGUUGAAAUUAUAAAUGGACUAUGACAGUUUUACUCUUCCUGCUUUCAAAUCUGCAUUUAUGGACAUAUACCUUGAGGUUACACAUCCAAAACCUCAACAUUCAAUUCCAGGCAAUACUAUAUGGCUAAAACACAAGGUAAAUGAAUGUCAGCUUCCUGAAAAGGUGGGAGAGCUAUACUGAGGGUCCAUCCAAACAAGGCCAAAAUGCAGGAUCUGUCUCGGUUUUUAUUGGAGGCAUCCAAACUAUGCCUUUGGUAAACACAAAGUAAUUUGGAAUAAACCAAGGUUUAAAACAAAUACCUCAUUAGAUUGGGGACUUCCUGACAGGCUCUGGUCUGAUGGGUUAUUGGACCCGUGGGGACUGACUUCCGGGGUCACCUUCCACAACUCUGGGAGUCAGUCCCCAUAGCCACCCCACACCAUUUGGGCUACCAGAGCCCAAAGGUGCAGGAGAGUGCCUACGCCUUCUCCACAGACAAAAUUCCCCUAAAACUUACGACAAAGGUCCCUGGACACCACAAAUCCUCUCCUCGCAUCCUCCUGGCAUGAGAAAAUAACGUGUGAGGAGAUGGGGCAGGCAAGAAGGGAUUUUUCUCCUCAGGCAUCAUUUUCUCAUGCCAGGAUGUGAGGAGAGGAUUUAUGGUGGCCAGGGACCUUUGUCGUAAGUUUUAGGGGGUUGAUGGAGGGCUUUGGGGUGGCUUCAUGCCAUCCCGAUUUCAAUUGGGAUGGCAUGUAGCCAGCCCCCCUCCCCGAAAGCCCAGGGUUUGGGUGGUUAAAUCAGGACAAGAACCUGCGCCAAAUCAGGUUAUUUUAACAUGCUUUGGCGCAGGUUUUAGGACUAUGUAGAAACACGCUAAGAAACACUCCAGGCAAUAUGGAAGUUAAGUUUAUGGCGUUUUGCAGCACUGAAGUAGCUCAAAGGGAAGGAAAUAUUCAUAAAUCAAUAUUAACAACGUCUUGGCUAUAUGUAAUGCCUUUUUUGGUAUGUCUGGUUUUGUUUUAUUGUUGUAAAUUUUACAGACAUUAGCACUCUGUUAAAUAAAGGAAUGUAGCACACGGAAAUACAUCACAACAAAACAGAGGCCAACAAAAAUAGAGUAAAAAACAUCCCCCAAAGCACUGCUGUUGUAUUAGAGAAGGGGGAAGAGUCCUGUGACAAAAGUCUGAAAAAUUACAUUCAGUAGGUGUGCAGUAUCAACAUUCCAGGCUCUCAGUUUUAUAUAUAUAUGUAUAUAUAUAUUUAUAUAUAGAGCUCAUCAAGUUUAAUGUUUACAAAGAACAAUAUUGUUACAGAUACAAUACUAUACUUCUGACGCUUUUCAAUAAUUUCUAUUCACCUUCUUUACAGAACAAUAGUACAAUUUCAUAUUCUUUAGUACUGUGCUGUCUCUUUUCCCCUAUAUAUAUGUAUAUAUAUACACACACAUACGCACACAUACACAUACACACACACACUUGCCAACUUCAGCCAAAGAUCUCUUUUUAUUCCUGGAAGUAUAAAGAACUCCCCUUCCUUUCCUCAAAAGCUCAGCACUUGGAAAAUCCCCAAAAAUACGGCAAAUCAUAAUACAGUUGAGACACAACCAUAGGGACAAAAUUGUAAGUUAAGAGGCAAAACAACCUUUUUGUAAACAUGGUAGCAUUAUUAAAACAUACAAGUAGGCAACUAUAAUCCUUGUUGGAUUUUUGCAAAACUGGAAGUAUGUAAAACAAAUUGUUCCUUUCAUCCCAUAAAAGAAUGUAAAGCUUCCUUAAAAAGCUGCUCAGGACAUCAGUAUUUAAACAAUUGCAUUAUUGUUCAGUUUGUAUUAUCCAAUUUCCUUCUUUGUUCUUGGGAAGCCUAGAGUUGGAUAUACAAAAUCAAGUCUACUCUGGAAAUCCAUUCACAAGAAAGAUCACCCUUAGUGCAAGCAGCCAAUGUAAAUAUACAGAGAAAUGUUUGUAAGAUUUGGACACACAAAUAUUGCCAUGAUUUCUGGGUUUGUGCCAGCAGUUUCUCCCAUUUUUGCAAUCACGAAAAUCAACCAGAACUUGGAGAAGCUGUAGUUCAGACUGUAAACCCUAGACAUGAUGGUCAAAUCUGGAAUUAGCACAAGCUUAUUCCUGUUGGCUGUCCCUUCCUCUUAAAUUGAGGCCAAAAGUGUGUAUGCUGAGGAAGGACUACAAUUAUAACACAAAUAACGUGACCUUGCACCAUUCUUGAGCAAGCAGGACAAACCAGGAGAGGUUAAGACACUGGUGGAGUUUCUCCCACAAAUAAUUCCUGUCUCUCUAACACUCUCUUGUAUCCUGUUAUCAUGGUGUGCUUAAAUGAAGCCUCUUGGGCAAAUCUGAAGUAGAAGUAAAUCUAGAUUUCGAAAUAUUUGCGCCUUCUUAGAGGCCAUUUGUGGAAAAGCUGCUCUGCUUUUGCUAGUUGCACACAAAAAAGUGUGCGUAGAAAGCAAGAAUGAUGUCCUUGAUUGUGUGAAGAAAAUUGGAAUGAGUAAAAAUAGGAACAAAAGGGGGGGGGAGGAAGAGCUGCGGGAUUAGUUGCGGCUGUUAGCGAGAAAUGGUGGAAUAUAUUGUACUGUGUGUUGUAUGCAUUAUAUAUUGUACAUAUAAUAUCUACACUGAAUCUUACACAAGUAUGGGAAGAUGGGUGGAUUAUUUAUGUGAUCUUUUGUGAAACAGGCGUCGAUCAUGAUAAACUCUCCAAUUAAUCAAGAACCUCAGAUUAGGGGCAGACUAUUAAUACUAACCUAGGAUCAGAUAACAGCUCUCAAAACUGCCCUAAACUAAAGGGAUUCCAAAGGGACUACUGGCCUUAGUCUAGCUAGAAAUGAGACAGACACGUAACACUUUAAAGCCAUUUGUUAACACCUUGAGAACCGUGCCUGAGGCAGGGCAGGUGCAUUACGAAAUCACUUUUUGUUCCUUUUGCUAUCACUGCACAUCUGUGCAUCAAGUAGAUAAUGUUAGUAAGUGCUGAACUUAAAAUCUCCACAAAUUCAAGUGCUGAAAGCAAAUGGAGCCAUGUUUGGACCUUGUGGAGGUAGCCAAUUCUGUCUUCUGCAGGCCUAAUCUAUCCCACUGUGCAGCAAGUAGCCAGAAGGAUCCUGGGCAUUGUUUUGUCUCCAGCCAUGGAUUGGCUGCAAAGAGGCACCAAGGGGGUGGAGACUGCUCCUUCUUCCCUUCAUCCAUAAGCUCAACUGGAUUCGGCCAAGGCCACAGCUGACCAGUGGCUAUGAGAUGGAGGUGUACUCAGUAGCCCUCUGAUGAUGUUGCCUAUCAGAGAAGCUGCAUCUCCCAGCACGAUGUAGCAUUUGGGCCUCUUCUGGUUUGCUUGUUGAUUAGGUUCAUGCCUAUUGUACUUCAGCAAAGCUAAACACUUCCAUGAAUCAAACCUUAAGAGACACAUGUGAACAUGUACAGUCCAAUCCUUUGCAGAGUUAAUCCACUUGCUUUCGAUGUGGUCUGGAGUACCUAAGGACUGGAUUGCAAAUUGCCUGUUUGAGAUGUCCUGGUUUUUUUUCCUACUGUAUAUUUCUCUUCUAAAACUAUUUGAUAAAUAUAUUGUGACGAUGUAUACAAGUCUUUUGUGAAUGAAGAAAGGGAAUUGACACUCCUGUCCUAUCACUAUUUAAAUACAUUGCAAAAUCAUUUCUGGCAGUGCCUUAUGGGGUCAGGAUCCUACAAUCUCAUGCCCUCCUCCAACACAGUUUGCUUGUAUCGUAGUUACCAGAAACGACUCAAGGUUGUAUUACAAUACUAGUUUCUUGCCUCCCAGAGCUUCUGUGUUUGCUUUAAGGAGUGGGAUCCACAUGCAUUCACAUCUAACACCCAUGCAGGGUACUGAAUCCCAAGGAGUAUGCCAUUACACAUCUAUGCAACAUGUGUGCAAAACGCACGGCCAUGCAACAUGCAAACACCCAGCCCCUACCCCUGCUAAACCAGUGUUGCCCUGAUUAUUCAAUUUUCCUAUUUUCCUACCCCACAAACAAAUAUUAGACAGAUUCUAGAAGUGUGGCUGUGUUGGUUUGUCACGGCAAAACCAACCAAAACAAUAUUUUAGACACCUUAAAGAUCAAGAAGUGGUGUGUUGUGAGAGAAUCUCUUAUGAGCCAGAACCCCAAAAGGUUAUGCCAUGAUAAAAGUAUAAGUGUUUAAGGUGCCACAGGACCUAUACUUUGUGUGUUUUUGCCAAAUAAUUUUACUACAAAUAUUACAGUCAACUGACCUCCUAGAUUUUAAAUACCAUAACCAAAAUGUUUUGGAAUACUCUUUCAUUGCACAAAUACCUGCAGUAAGUGAAUCUACUCUCUUAACAUCCCGUUGUGGGAAUAACUUUACAUAUAUUUAUAUAUAUAUAUUUAUAUAUAUAUUUGUAUAUUACAAAAUAAAUUAAAUUUAUACCUUCCACCAUUCUAACGUGGUCCAAAAUGUAAAAAAAUCUGUCUUUAAAAAAAAUUAAAUACAAAAUUUUGGACCAAAGAUAUGUUAUAAGUAAAUUGGCUCAGAACAACAGAACAACCUAGAACUGUAUGCACACUUGUAAAAAGUAAUGAAUAUCAAGCACACAGUUUUCAAAUGUGACAGCUUAUUAGCUCACAUACACAUACACACGCAACAUUUUUAAAAACUGAAGUUAAGAUCUGACUGCAUUCCUUUCCCACCCCCCAGAUUUUUCUAUUCAAUAUUUAGAAUUUUCUCAUCACUCAGUUUUAGAAAGAAACAAGGGAAUAGAAAAGCCAUUUGCAAAAAAUCAUGCUGCACUCAAAGGGCUUGGGAAAAGAGAAAGAAACACUUAGAUCCCAAGGAGCAAAAGCCCGAAAGCACAUCUCCCAUAGACAUUUUUAGUUCUAGAAGUUUUUCUGCGUGAAAUGAACAAACCCUUUUCACAAACACUCUCCCAAAAGAUAGGUGCUGAACAAUAUUAGGGGAGCAGAGUUCACAUAAAAUAUGAAUUACUAUCGGAUUGCCUUCUUUAUACAUACAUUGACUACUUCUAGCUCUUGCAACAUAAGAUAAACCUGCCAAUAUCUUGUUAAUCACAUAAGAAUGUUAUUUUAUCAUUUUUCCUAUAUGGUAAAAAAAAUCCAGGCUUUAAAUGUAUAUUCAUUCAGCAUACUUGUGUUUUUUCUCUUAAAUGACAUAGUAGCAUAAAAGGAUGAUCUUGUUCAAACAAGUGUGUGUGUACACGUGUGUGUGUGUGUGUUAAAUUGUAGUUAUUUUCAGUUCUGUGAACAAUUACAUAAACUUUAGUAGUAAAAAGGUGCAACCAAAAAUGUCAUCUUGUACCCAGCAGAAUGAGAAAAGGUAAGAAAACAGAGCAAGAGAAAUGUUGCUGCAGACACCAAAACGCAGCACACGAAAACACCACAAUUAAUGAGGAGAGAAAUGUCCAUGCACAGCUGUGUAAGCUUCAGAUGUAAACUGGCUGUUCCUGUGCAGUCAAGAGUCUGUACAUGGCAGCAGGCAUGGUCUUCAUGUGAAUCUGGAAGAAGGAAAGAAGACUCAAUUUAGGGCUUCCCUGGUGGGUUUUGCAAAAUACCAACAAAAAAUGUACUGCCUUUCCACAAAUAGAGCACCUUCUCCACCUGCUAGUUGUGCCCCGCUUUCCCACCAAAAAGGGAGUCAAAAUGGCUGACAAUGCAGAAAAAACAAAUAUAGUAGCAAAAGAUAAACAAUGGUUGAAAUCCUGUUGGUGACGUAUACACGUGCAUAACUCCAGGUUAUGCACAUGCAUGCAUGCCUUUUUGUGGGGACAUUAUGCAAGGAGAUAUUCAAGAAGGCCGACAUCCAAUCACCACCAAGACAGCUUUCCAACUUCUGGGUUGCUGCCAUCAUCAUUUAGAGGAGGUGUGUCAACAGGAGAGAGAAUCAGGCAACACUUGAUCCAGGUGAGGUUCUGCAGAGGGAUUAAGUUGCUAUCCUGGCUCUCAAAUGAGUUGUUGGGGGUUCAAGAGAGCAACCUUAUCUCUCUUCCUCCUAUUUGCCUCCUUUCUCCCCAGCCAAUGGUCAUGGCAACUUCUCUGGGGUUUGAAACUUGUAUUGGCGGGAGAGAGCAACUUAUAGAGUGCUAUGCAGAGUGCCCAAUGUGGAAGCAUGGCACAUAUGAAACACUGCAUGACACAAAUGUUGCUGGAAUAGCCUACUAAUACACAUCAAAUAUUUAAGAAAACCCAAGUUUGCUACAGGGUUAAAAAACCCAACAGAUCGUAAACCAAGCCAGAAUCCUGUAUAGGAAGUAUAAAUGUAGAAGCACAGUUGUUACAGUGCUACACAUUAAAUUCUGGCCCAGCGUCCCCAACCCCAUUUAUGGGGAAGCAGCUGCUGUGUUCAACAAGGAUCUGUUCCCGUUAUUUGGGAAGAGGCUCAUUUCUAUUUCCAGUCCCUCUCAUAAGUGAUCUCCAAUGCAAUAGAGAAGGAGAUACUUAUAACAACUCUUCUUGGCACUGCAGAUCCUUCUAGUGAGGAUAGCAGCCAUCUACUUCCUAAUCAACAGGGUAACUAACCCCCAUUGAUAACAGCAGCUUCUACCCAAAAAGUGGGUAGUGAUAGACUUUCAUGGUCCCUACAUCGCUCCUAAACUAGUGCCCAUGCAUGCAGAGACCGUAAAUCCAUAAUAGUCAUUUUAGGUUAUGCAUUUCUAACUGCCAUAUAACAGACCAACCCCAUCAUCAGUAUUUUAACCUAAGACACACAUAACCCUAUUUCCCUCUAGCACACAGUAUACAAACAAAAGGAAACAAAAAAGAUUUGAAAGAGAAAACCCAAGUUGCAACUGACCAAUUCUGUAAUAGCUCAGCACACAAUGGGCAACCACCCUCUGAAACCUCCUCAUGUUAAACCUGUACACACAUUAGUUUAAAACAGGGAUAAAGAAAAACUCUCCUGCCAAAUGUACCAACCUACCAGAGUGGUUGAAAUGGUUCAGUGAUUCAUAGAAAGGACAAUACAGGGAACUGAAGGGCACAGGAAAUUGUUUUUGCCAUAAAGAACUUCCUCCAGUAGGAAUGUCUUAUGAGCAGAGUUUCACUCACAUGAACUUAACUCAGACAUUAGGGAGGAUUUUCUACAAAAGUGUCGUAAGGAUGUGUUCUGCAGUGGCUCCAGUCCUUCCUAGAGGGCCGUUCCCAGUUGGUGAAGCUGGGGGACACCUGCUCGGACCCCUGGCCAUUGACCUGUGGGGUCCCGCAAGGUUCCAUUUUGUCCCCCAUGCUUUUUAAUAUCUACAUGAAACCGCUGGGUGAGGUCAUCCGGAGUUUUGGAGUGCGGUGCCAUCUCUACGCGGAUGACACCCAACUCUACUACUCCUUUCCACCUAAUUCCAAGGAAGCCCCUCGGAUACUGGACCAGUGUCUGGCCGCUGUAUUGGCCUGGAUGAGGGCGAACAAGCUGAGGCUCAAUCCUGACAAGACAGAGGUCCUCCAGGUCAGUCGUACGUCUGAUCGGGGUAUUGGGUGGCAACCUGUGCUUGACGGGGUUGCACUCCCCCUGAAGGCGCAGGUCCGCAGCUUGGGGGUCCUCCUGGACACUGCGCUGACACUUGAGGCCCAGGUGUCGGCCGUGGCUGGGAGGGCCUUUGCACAACUAAAACUUGUGCGCCAGCUGCGACCAUACCUCGAGAAGUCAGAUCUGACCAUGGUGGUCCACGCCUUAGUUACCUCUAGACUGGAUUACUGCAAUGCGCUCUACGUGGGGCUGCCUUUGAAGACGGCUCGGAAACUACAACUAGUACAACGAUCGGCAGCCAGGUUUCUAACUGGGGCAGAUUACAGGACGCGCUCAACGCCGCUGUUUAAAGAGCUCCACUGGCUGCCAUUUAUUUUCCGAGCCCAAUUCAAGGUGCAGGUUAUCACCUACAAAGCCCUUAACGGUUUGGGACCCACCUACCUUCGAGACCGCAUUUCCCCCUAUGAACCCGCACGACCUCUUCGCUCGUCGGGGGAGGCCCUCCUCUCGCUUCCACCAACUUCGCAGUUGCGGUUGGUGGGGACGAGGGAGAGGGCCUUCUCCGCCGUGGCCCCCCGGCUGUGGAACUCGCUCCCCAGGGAGAUUAGGCAGGCCCCUACCCUACUCUCAUUCAGGAAGAGCCUGAAAACUUGGCUAUUCCAGAAGGCCUUCGUUGACUGAUCCUUGUGGGAUCAUGUUAUUUACCUAUUAAGCAGUAGACCCUCUGGAUUGUUUUUAGGAUUCAUUCAGCACUUUAAGUAUUACACCUGCUGCAUAAUUAUCCCUCCCUGAUAACUUGAUAUUACUUUGCACCUUGGCCUGGAUCUUUUGACCCAAAUCGGGAUCUUAAUAUUAUUGUGUAUAUUGACUUUUAUGACUGUUUUUAAUCAUGUUGAAGUUUUACUGCUCGGUUUAAUGUUUUAUCUGAUUUGUGCUGUCGUGUCUGGGCAUGGCCCCAUGUAAGCCGCCCCGAGUCCCUCCGGGGAGAUGGGGCGGGAUAUAAGAAUAAAAUUAUUAUUAUUAUUA